AUGGGGCAGGCGUGGGCCAGGCUGGUCCCCCUCCUUCUGCUCCUGCUCCCAGGGCGAGGCGCUGAAGCCUGCAGUACCAGUGGGUGCUGUUUUCAGGACCCGCCAUAUCCGGAUGCAGACUCAGGCUCGGCUUCAGGCCCCAGGGACCUGAACUGCUACCGGAUAGUCAGCGCUGGUUAUGAAUGUUCCUGGAAGUAUGAGGGCCCCACGGCUGGGGUCAGCCACUUCCUGAGGUGCUGCCUCAAGUCCGGGCACUGCUGCUACUUCGCCGCGGGCUCAGCCACCAGCCUGUGGUUCUCUGACCAGGACGGCAUAGCUGUGUUUCAGCCCGUCACACUCUGGGUGGAAUCUCGAGCCGAGAACCAGACGCAGAAGUCGCCUAAGAUCACCCUGAAGCUUCAUAGCGCAGUUAAAUACGACCCUCCGUCAGCCAGAGACAUCACCGUGUCUGGGUCCGCGGGGCAGGUGCUCUUGAAGUGGGAGACCCCAGCCCGCCAGGAUGGCGCCGAGGUGCAGUUCCGGCACCGGACACCCGGCAGCCUGUGGAAGUUGGGCAACUGCGGACGUCAGGAGGAUGCUGGCUUCGAGUCCUGCCUCUGCCCCUUGCGGACGGACGCAGCCCAGGAAUUCCAGCUACGCAGGCGGCGACUCAGGCCGGGAGCCCCAGGAGACCCAUGGAGCAGCUGGAGCAGCCCCGUGUGUGUCCCCCCUGAACAUCCCCCAAAGCCCACCUUGAGGUUCUCGGUGGAGGCGCUCCGUCCACAUGGGAGGAGGCAGGUGACCCUGCACGGGCAGCUGCCCCAGCUUGAGCUUCCAGAAGGCUGCCUCGGGUCCAACUCUGGCGGGGAGGUGACCUACCGUGCCCGCCUGCACAUGCUGUCCUGCACGUGUAAGACCAAGUCCACAAUGACCUUUCAGCUGAGGAAACCACUCAACCUCUCUGGCGCGGCCUAUGACCUGGCUGUUGUCUCCCAGAAUCGCUUCGGCCCUGGCCCCAACCAGACGUGGCACAUUCCUGCCCAAACCCACACCCACACAGGGGCCCUGAAUAUCAGUGUGGGAGCCAAUGGGACCACCAUGCACUGGCCAGCCCAGGCCGGGGCCAAGGCAUAUUGCAUUGAGUGGCAGCCCCAGGGCCAGGACAGGAACCUUACCAACUGCACACUGACUCUGCCCCAGGACCCGGACCCUACCGGAAUGGCAACCUACAGCUGGAGCAGAGGAUCUGGGGCAAUGGAGCAGAAGGUGUGUUACCACAUCAUGAUCUUUGCCUCUCCACGCCCAGAGAAGCCCAUCUCGUGGUCCACGGUCUUGUCCACCUACCACUUUGGGGGCAAUGCCUCGGGGGCCGGACGCCCACAACACGUGUUGGUGAAGAAGCUCAGCCAGGACUCCGUGUCUGUGGACUGGACACCAUCCCCGCUGAGCACAUGCCCGGGGGUCCUGAAGGAGUACGUCGUGCGCUACCAGGAUGAGGAGGAAAACCUCACGUCUGAGCUGCCCGUGAAGCCCACAGAGACCCAGGUCACCCUUGGUGGCCUUCGGGCUGGCACAGCCUACACCGUGCAGGUUCGUGCAGACACGGCGACGCUGCAGGGCGCCUGGAGCCAGCCCCAGCCAUUCAGCAUUGAAGUCCAGGUUUCCCGGUUGUUCGAUUUGUCCAUACUCCUCGUAUCUCUGGGGAGCUUCGCCAGCAUCCUUCUCCUGGGCGUCAUUGGGUACCUCAGCCUGAACAGGGCUGCGCGGCACCUGUGCCCACCCCUGCCCACACCCUGCGCCAGCACUGUGGUCGAGUUCCCUAGCAGCCAGGGCAAGCAGGCUUGGCAGUGGACAAGCCCCGCAGACUUCCCAGAGGAGGUGUCCCUGAAAGAGGCCUUGGUGGUGAACAUGUCCUGGGAAAAAGGUGAGGGAACUGACCUGGACACACCUGCUGGGGAGGUGAAGACACAGCUGCUUCGGGGCACUCCUGAACUGGCCUUGGACACAGAGCUGCCCCCGGAGGACAGGAGACAGGUGCAAAGCCACCCCGAGUCUCGGGCUCUGGGGCCGGGCAGGCAGGAGGGUCUGGAGGGCAACCCUGCCCAGGUGGCUGGACUCUCACCGCCCUUGGGAGACCUGAUACAGACCCCCAUAUUCAGUGGCCCUUCGCAUGUGGGCCUGGAGGCCUGA